UCAGGAACUGUUUUCGAUCUGUUUUAAUGCUUUGCUCAUUAAUUUUGAUAUUCAAGCUGUAUAAAUGUCAGAUUAUUAUUUUCUGCUAACUCAUUCGAAUGUUCGUGAAAAAAAAUUUCAAGUUGAUAUUAAUUAAAAUUGGAUAAAAACAACUUUAAAAAAAUCGAAUGGGAUUUUCUCGGAAAUGCAAGUUUUUGUAGACUCAGCCCUGAGUGGUAUGGAUAUCAGCCAGAUCUCUGAGUUGGCAACCGCCAUCAUGGACUCCUGGACAUCUUCCAGCGGUCCCGAACUCAUCACGGCAUCUCAGGGCCUUGGCAUUCAGUCGCCUGAGCAGAUAAACAAAGCGUUCGGCACCACAAUCAAACAGGAGGUGCCCGGAGAAUAUGAUUUUCCCGGUGUGAUACCUAUACAGGGCUAUUUACAAGGUCAUGUGAAUUCAUCUGCUUCAGAACAAGUGCCAAUGGAUGAUUUCGAUCCUUUGGAAUCUUUUUCUUUCUGGGACGGCGAGAAUUUUUAUAGCCAUCAAGAUUAUGAGGCAUGCACGGCUUCGACUUCGGACAUGCCUAUGGAAAACGUGAUGCCCACUUUACCUGAGUACAUUGGUGAGGAUGAUAUGACUCGAGAUGAUAAUUUUCCCAUUAAGGAUUCUGACUUCUUGCAUAACAAUCCAACUCUUGCAGAGUUGAAUUCCUGUGGAGAAACCGUCUUUGAUUACUCGGCAAACAACAGUUUUAUAGCCGAAGAUAAUACUUUCCCAUUGAUACCUGAUAAUCUGUCCAAAUCUUUUCCUGCUAGUGAAAGUCACUUUGUGGCAUCUCCGGUGAGCAGCAGCAUACCUAAUAGUUCCUUUGCAAGUGGUUUGAAUUACAUCCCGAGUAGUGGAUUUAUGGAUGUCAAACAAAACGUUCAACCGUCGUUGUCUUCUAGCUGUCCUGUACCUUCCAGAAUGAUGCCAAGCUCUCAGCAAUUCUUGAGUGCUUGUGAGGACAAAUUCCCUCUUUGCCCUCAAAAUAGUCCAGCCUCUGAUUCAUUCUUCGCAUCGAGGCUGAACCCAGUGUCCGAAACCAAGAGUUCAAUCCCAUUGAACACUUGUGGUGUCACAUCACCUCUCAUGGUAGCUCAAAGCAACAGAUUGCAAGACAGCAAUCUUCUUUCAUCAUCUGCUCCCCCUGAUGUCACAAUGGCAUCUUAUUUUCCCAAAAUUAAGUCCGAGCCUCCUUCAAGUUCUCCUGGGCCGAGGAGCAUCACAGAGCGAUCGUUAAGUGGUUUUUCUUCACUGUCUCUGUCUAAUGAUGAUGAAAGUGGAAGCUUUUUUGAUGAUGAAGAUGAUGAUGAUGAUUUUUCAUCUGAUGAAGAUGUUUAUCAAUAUGAAAGUGAUGACCUUUUGUCUACAAGUUGGCCAUCAGGCAAAGAGGAGAAAUCCUGCCAGCAUAGAAAGCAUCGCUACUUCUGGCAGUACAAUUUACAGUCUCGAGGUUCUAAGACCCAGAGCAUUCUGCCACGCCGAGAAUCACUUGACCCUUAUGUUCUUGAUGAUGCGUAUGAUCCUGUAUUUGCUGAGGAAUGCACUCUUCCUGUCAAACAUUCUGGAAAGGCUAGGAGAGGAGAUGGCAAUGAUCUCACUCCAGAUCCACGCAAGCUAUUCAAUAUUGGUGUAGAACUGAAAAAGCUAAAUAAGCUUAUUUAUAAUAUUAGUCCAAAUGAAGGAGGAUCAUCACAUGGAAAACCAUUGUCGCGAAAAGAAAAAAAUAAACUGGCUUCCAGAGUAUGCAGAUUAAAGAAAAAGGCUCAACAUGAAGCUAAUAAAAUCAAGUUAUAUGGGCUUCAACAAGAGCAUAAAAAGCUUAUCAAUAUUUUGAUAGAGACAAGGGAGUUAUUAAGAUACAAAAUAGAGAAUCUCCAUGAUCAGAAAGUUUCAAACUGCUCCAAGAAACUUGAAGCAUUUUUGGCUGCUAAUGAACCUCACAGAGUUGCUGGAAACACUGCAACAUUUGUGAAUGAAGUUUUAGAAAAAGUUGCCAAAGGAGAACCUGAUGGUGGUUUAGGUCGACUCUAAAUUUUACGAAAGCAUAGUUGCACAUUGUUUGUUCAUAAUUUUUACAUAGUAUAUCCACACAUUUGCUGACUUUGUAACCAUACACACAUUAUGUGCUUUGGAAAUAGUGCCUUCAUUUAUUUAUUCUGCUGGAUUCGAAAUAUGUACAGACUUUCUUUUUUAUAUCAGUGAGUUCUAUUGUCAUUCUUUUCAUGAAUAAAUCUACAAGAUAAGAAGAUUGUUCAUUUGAGGUAAAGUGUACAGCCAUGCAUGUACAUAUUUACAUUUGAAAUGUGCUCUGAUAGUGAGGUUUUAUUUGAUUUGUUGUUGGAUGAUUGAUUUUAAUAUUAUUACUGUCUUUUUUUAGAUAUUGUUAAGUUUAAUUAUGUUAAGAAUGCAUGCUAUAUGUUACGUAUAAUGCAUGCUUGUUGUGUACUUUACAAGUCAGUGAAAAUUAUCUAAUCAUUUUUUUUGAGAUGUUAAUUUUAUGUCAUCUCCUCGAAUAGAUUUAGAAAAGAUGUUAUAUACAUAUUGAAAAAGAAAUGUAUCAUAGUAAUGAUUCUUAAAAAUUCUGUGUUUUAAUUGAGAUUGGUUAAAAGAACGAAAAAAAAUUACAUAUCCUUUUUGAAGGAAAGUGUGAAAAGAAGUAUGCAUGCAGACUUAUAUAAAUUUCAUACAUUUUGAUUAAAUAUACUUGUAUAAAUAAGAUAUUCGUUGAAUUAAUCAGAUUUCACUAUGAAAACUAUUUGUGAAUAUGUUAAAAGUGUACUAAAUAAUAAUAAUAAAAAAAACAACAUGUAUUUAAGAAUUUUAUUUUACAGCAUAUAAUAUAAAGUUAAUAUAUUAAAAGUAUCUAAACUGAUUAAUUACAAAAUUAGUUAGUUUUUAUUUUAAGCUUGAAUAUAUAUCAUUAAGUGUAUCUUCUGCAUUUUGUUUCUAUUACAUUUAUUUAAAUUCUUGAAUAUUUGUGCAAAUUAAAAAAUGAAAUAUUUUAAAUAUGAAUCAGAUUAGUUAUCAGUUACAUGGUAUUUUAUUAUUCAUUAAUGGAGUAUUCAAGUCUGUGCCUUGUGUCACAGCCCCACAAAACUGCUGUAUUUGAUGUAUAAAAAUUUUUGAAUGUUGAGUUUAGUUUCUUCUUUUUAAAGAUCCCCCCCCCCCCCCGAUUUCCACAACAUUUUUUUGUUUAAUAUUGAAUAAAUAUUAUCACUCUUUAAUUCAAAUUUUCACUCUUUUGGUUUUGAUACAUAUUUGUGACUAUUUGAAAAUUUAUGCAAGACAUACACUUUUCUCUUCGAUUCAUGUUCAUAUUUGUUAUGUUUAAUUAUGUAUUAGCAUAAUUAUCAGUAACUUCUGAUAGAGUUGUAAUGAAAUGAUCAUAUCUAGGGUUCAGAUUAUUUCUUAUAGCAAUAUUUAAAGAAAAGUUCAGAAAUUGAACAUGAAUUUUUAGACAUGUAUGCUAUUUCUGAAGAACUGCCUGAUGAAAAAUUAGGUGCAUGCAUAUUUCCUUCAUUAAAUUAAAUAAAUAUGUAUUUGCUUUAAAUCAAAAGACAUAAAAGGUAAUAAUAAAUGUUGAAUAAUGUCAAUAAUAUUGCUUUACAAUUACAAAUCCUGUGAGACUUAAAAUAUGUUGACUCGGUGCACUUAUUAAAAUGCAGCAUCGGAUAUUUUUCUCUUCUCCCAAAACUGCUCAUAUACCCUGUGAUUGAUACUACUUUGUAAAUACUUUUAAUAUUUAUGGAAAUGUAUGUGAUUUUUUAUAAGAAUAAUAAGAUGUACUUCUAUUAUGAGUUUUGUCUAGUUGGCUUUGAUUUGUAGAAAGGAUGCAUGAGUGUAAGAUUGCUCAAUAAUUGUUUGUCUUAAUAUAGAUGAAAUAUGGUAGAUCUAAUCUGCUAUAUCUAGUCAGUCAGAUUCAGUACAUCAACGUUGUCUUAAAAUGUGACAUUACAUUUUUUGAUUUAUUUAAUAAUACAUUGUGUGAUUAUUAUUUUGAAUGCAAUAAUGGAAUUCUUUAAUUUAAUUGAGCACUAAUUGAUUGAUUUUAAGCACAAGGUGCUUUUAAAAUAUGUUUUUGCUAAAUGAAAGUAGAAAACGUUGAUAGAUGUAUGUAAUAGUUAAAAUAUUGUUCAGUUAUAUUUAUAAAAAUUAAAUUAUAUAAUUCAUUUUAUUAAAAUUUUUUGAUUGCAAUAUUGAUAUGUGAAGGUUUUUAAGGAAAGAGGAGAUGACUUAAUUUCUAUUGUUAUAUUAUUAAAGAUUUCUAAUUUUUGAGUGAUGUCCUUGAAUGUGAUAACUUUUGUUGUAAUUGUAAUUGCAGUGUUAUAUUUUCAGUUUAGUGGUUUUAGGUUAAAUGUCCUUUGAUUAAUUUUUGAGGGCAUUAGAUUUUAUUUAUGUAUUUAAAAGUGUUUAUCAGAACUUUUGUUAUUUAUUAUUAAUGAACAAAAUUUUAUAAAUUUGCAUUUUUUUAAUUAAAUUUUUUAGAAUGAUUAUUUAGAUUAUAAACAUUAAAUUUUUUAAAAAGAAAUAUGAAAUUGAGGGUUUCAGUGGCAUACCUAGAUAGGUGUGGAUAGUUAGGUUGAUUAUGUCAAUGGAGAAUGACUUGAUUGUUGCCCUUCUCCCUUUUAAACAGUGACUUCAAAAAUGAAAUUUUUCUUUUGUGCAGAGUUGUCUCUCUUCAUGUACAAAGUUAAUUUAAGAUGUCAUUUAUUUUUAUUGCUUUGUUCUAAAUUAUUCUUUCAUUGAAUCCCACAUAAAAAAAAUGCUGUAUGUUGCCAUUGGAAAUUUGAAAUCUAAAAUUAAUCCAUGUAUUCUCGAUGCAGAAGUAAAAAGACAUUUAUUAAAAUAUGGAGCUAAUUGACUAAUUCUAAAAACUGAGAUUUUUUUUUCCAAAAAUUAACUAUAAAUAUUAUUUUUAUGGAUAUUAGUUUUAGAACUUAGUUCUAAAUAUUUUAAAGGUUUAAUGUAAUAAUAAAAACAGAAGUUUUGAUUCAAAAUGAAUUUUUAUACAGAUCAUGGCAGUAUCAAACCUAUGGUACAUGUACAAUUAAAUGGCACAUUACUUUAUUUUUGAUAGUAUAAUUUUUAGGUAAAAAGAUUUAUAUGAAAUUUCAAAAUCAGUGUAAAGUAUUGUAUCUUUUAACAUCUUGUUUUAAUCCUUAUUAUUCAGAUAUAUGUGCAUUUUUUUCGUCAUUACCCAUUAUAUAUUGCAAUACAUUGUGCUUUUAUAUUUUAUAAUGUAGAAUUUCAUUGAUGAAUAUAAUUAAACUUUUUUCUUUGAUUAUAAAUCACUUUUGAUUAGAAUCAUUUUCUUUAAUUAGGAUGCAUCACUUUUUUUUUAUUCAAAUUUUUUAAAAUUUCUAUUUUGAUGAUACUAUAUUUUAAUUCUUAUUUAUGUAAUUGAUACAGAAUUCUAAUAAGUUUUAAAAACUCUGAGUUAUAUCUUUUGCUCAUUGAUGGUAAAAGUUGAAGAUGAUAUAAUGUUACACCUAUCAAAGUAAUGCCACUGCUUCAUUUACUUCUAUACAUUAUUGUUAAUUUUUUUAAUAUUUAUUCUGAAAUAAGUAGCCUAGCUAGGAACAAUCCACAAUAUGGAAGAUAGCUAGAUGAUAUUUAAAUUGUUUGAUAUUUAAAAAAUAUAAAUAACAAAAGUUGUAUAUUUUAUUCUUAGAAGAAUUCAAGGAAUUUACAUUUGAUAUUUCUUGUUUUUCUUUUGUUAGUUUUAAGAAAAAACUGCAUCUCAUCUAGAAAUUUUCUAGCAGUUUGGAAAUUCGAAUAUUUUACAAAUUCAUUUUAUUGAAUUUUUACUUUCGAAAAUAUUAUUUUUGCUUAAGUUUAGUUGUUAAAUUAUUGUUGAAAUGUAGUGCUCUUAAAUUAUGUAUAGAUUAAUUAUGUAAAGGAUAAGUUCUGAGUUAUAUGAAAUAUUACAUUUCCUUUAAUUCUACUUUUGGAUAAUAUGUUUAUUCUUUCCUUUUUUUUACCAAAGUACAAUAGAAUUGAAUAUGGUAUAAUGUGAAUGAAAUAAUAUCGCUAAUCCAUAUUAAUAAAUAAAUUUUUAUUAAUAACAGCAUAUUUUUUAAAGUAAAAGUAAAUUGUACAGAGUAAGAUAUAAAUGUGAUGAAAGCUACAGUUACCUUUUUUUGGUGGUUAAAGAAUUUCUUAUUUUUUGAAUUUAAAUUCUGUAACCUAAAUACAGGUUUUGAUGGAUAUAGUGGUCAUAGGUAGGGAAUGAUGAAACCUUUUGUAAAUAACAUAUAUUUAUAUAUUGCCUGUUAAAUAUCAUGGAACAUAUUUUUCUAAAUUGAAUCUAUUUGAGCCAGUGAUGUUGUAUUUUCAGAUAUUAUAUCUCUUUAAAAUUUUUCAGAUUUGAAUUUAUUUAUGCUUUGCAAAAGAAGUAGUGCUGUUUCUGAUUUCAUUUUUUAUGAAAUUAAUACUUUAUCGAUGGGACAUUUUUGCUAUGCAAAAUGAUUAAUUCACUUAAAAUACUAUAUGAUAUCCUCAGUCGAUAAAGUGUUAAUAUUUAGCAAUAUUUGUUUAAAAAUCUGAAGUUAGGUAACCACAGUCAUCAACAUUAGUUUGAAUUGAUGGCUAAUUACUUGUCGUAAAGUAUUGAAUUAUAUGCCUGUUAAAUAAUAUUGCAAACUUUUCACAUUCUUGUUAUGGUAUUUGCAGAUCCAAUAUGAAUUGGUCAAGUUUUUUUAUCCUAGAUUUUCUUUAAAUGGAAAAUUGAAAAUUCUUCUAAACUUUUUCUGAUUUUGAAGGACUCUAAUUUUAAUAAGAUUUUAAGUUGCCAAUUAAAGUCAUGCAAUUUAAUUCUAUUAAAUAUUCAUAAGUUAGCUGAAUUAUAAAUUUGAAUUCAUAAUCAUCGAUAUAUUUCUAAAUUUCUAUGUUUUUAUAUUUGAUAUCAUUGAGGGAUUAGUUUGCUAAAUUGCUUCUGAUUUCUAUUUAAUAGUUUCAUUAUAAUAAAUAUCAAUUUCUAAAGCCUAUCUUUGUUGCAUCAUAAUUUUUAGUUGAUGACAUAUCUGUUAUACCUAACUUUGGAUUUGAACUUAAAAUUUUAAUGAAACCUGAAACAUAUUUUUAGUCACUUUUUGGAAUAAAUACUGAAGAGGAAAUGUUUCUAUUUUGUUAUGUGGAUUUUAAAGUCAUAUUAAAAUGUACCUGAAAAUGUGGACUUCAAAAUCCAUUUGAUGUGUUGGUUUGUAAUCAGGAAUUUUAGAAAACCUUUUUCCAUCGGAGUUUUUAUCAGUUUUACACAUUGUUAUUUAAUUUUGAUUUUAUAGAUGAAAUACGGGUAUAAGAAAUGGUUUAGCUAUAUCUUGAAUGGAUUAAGGUUUCGAAUAACUGAUUACUAUGAUCUUGCUCUGUGUGAUAUUUGUUCCAGUUUUAUUUAUGUGAUUGUUUCUAUUUUUAUUAGAUUGGUUUUAAUAGUUAUUUAAAGAAACAACUUGUAAAUAGGUAUUUUUAAUAUUGAAAAGGAGCUGUGAAGCAUGUAUAUAUUUUCCAUUGGACUGGUAAUUUGUAUUUUUGAAAACAAAACAUCACCCGAUGAAGCUUUGAUUAUCGUGUUUGAUCCUGUACAGUUACAGUUCUGUAGUCACACAUCAUUGGAUCUAUUGAUAGAAGAAUAUGUAAUAUAUAUAUAUAUGAUAUAAUAAUAAAUGUAUAAAUG